AUGCUCCCCUCUCAACUCAACAGCUCGCCCAAGCGCGCCAAUCCAUUUGGGCGGUCCACUCCGUCGCCAGCACCACACUCACAAACACGGCCCAAAUCUGCCAUCUUAAGUCCGUCGAACGGAUUGGAGUCAGCAAGAGGGCAUCUUCGCAAUGCAUCAGUCUCACCGAUCACUCCCAAUCGAUCUCCAGCAGCCAUAACUCGCCAACGGUCCAAUUCGGCACGUAAAGAUGCGUCCUCAGGAACGUUUGCACCGAGCUUCAUCAAGUCUGAAGAGCUACGACGGGGAGCAGAUCAAGUCCGUGGUCUCGAGGGCGACAAUGACUUCUCCGGAAACAAAUACGUCUGGUUGCGUGAUGCUGAAAAAGCAUUCGUGCGCGGGCUGGUAUUGGAAGAGCUGGAAGGAGGACGUCUUCUAGUGCAGACCGACGAUGGCGAGCCGCGGGAAGUGGAUGCCGACCAGGUUGACAAAGUCAAUCCGGCCAAGUUCGACAAGGCAGACGACAUGGCGGAGCUGACCCAUUUGAACGAAGCCUCUGUGGUUCACAACCUGCAUACCAGAUACCAAUCCGACUUGAUCUAUACUUAUUCCGGGCUUUUCUUGGUGACAAUCAAUCCAUACUGUCCCUUGCCAAUCUACACCAACGAGUACGUGAAAAUGUACAAGGGUCGUGGAAGAGAAGAAACCCGGCCACACAUUUUCGCAAUGGCAGAUGAGGCUUUCCGCAACCUUGUGGAGGAAGGACAGAACCAAAGUAUCCUCGUGACUGGUGAAUCUGGUGCCGGUAAAACCGAGAACACCAAGAAGGUCAUUCAAUACCUGGCAGCUGUCGCAACUUCUGAUACACCAUAUGGCCGGUCGGGAACAAAGCAACUAUCAAAUUUGUCCCAGCAGAUCCUUCGCGCCAAUCCCAUUCUUGAAGCAUUCGGAAACGCCCAAACUGUUCGCAAUCAUAAUUCUUCUCGCUUUGGCAAAUUUAUUCGAAUUGAAUUCUCUCGAUCCGGGCAGAUCUGCGGCGCAUGGAUUGACUGGUACUUGCUUGAAAAGUCGCGAGUCGUCAAGCCCAACCCCAACGAGCGCAAUUAUCACAUCUUCUAUCAGUUACUGCAAGGUGCAGAUCAUACAACUCGUGAACAGCUGUUACUCCAAGAUUUUCAGAUUGAGCACUUUGCUUAUACCAAGGAUGGCAACGAUUCGAUUGUUGGGGUUUCCGACAGGGACGAGUGGAACUCCCUGAUUGAGGCCUUCCAUGUCAUGAACUUCUCGGAAGCAGACCAGCUCUGCAUCCUGCGCACCAUCGCUGCUGUGCUCCACUUGGGUAAUGUCACAGUGGCCAAGGAGAGCGUGCGCGCAGAUCAAGCUGCCCUGGGCCCGGAUGGAUACGCCAGCGUGGAGAAGGCUUGUCAGCUUUUGGGUAUUCCUGCUGAGCCUUUCGUCAAGGGAUUGUUGCAUCCCAGAGUAAAGGCUGGUCGUGAGUGGGUUGAGAAAGUACAGACACCUGAUCAAGUGCGCCUCGCUUUGGAUGCUUUGUCCAAGGGCAUCUAUGAACGUGGCUUUGGCGACCUGGUCACCCGUAUCAACAGCCAGCUUGGUCGCUCUAUGGCUGAGGAUAAUUACUUCAUUGGUGUCCUCGAUAUUGCUGGCUUUGAAAUUUUUGACAAUAACAGUUUCGAGCAACUCUGCAUUAACUACACCAAUGAAAAACUCCAGCAGUUCUUCAACCACCACAUGUUUGUUCUCGAGCAAGAGGAAUAUGCCCGGGAGCAGAUUGAGUGGCAAUUCAUUGACUUUGGAAAGGACUUGCAGCCAACCAUUGAUCUGAUUGAGUUGACAAACCCAAUUGGUAUCUUUUCUUGCCUCGACGAAGAUUGUGUGAUGCCAAAGGCCACGGACAAGUCGUUUACCGAGAAGCUUCACUCUCUCUGGGACCGCAAGACCCCUAAAUACCGUGCCUCUCGUCUCAAUCAGGGCUUCGUUCUCACGCACUAUGCCGCAGAGGUCGAGUACACGACCCACGACUGGCUGGAGAAGAAUAAAGACCCUAUGAAUGACAACAUCACCCGUCUUCUGGCCGCAUCCGAUGACCAACACGUUGCGAACCUAUUCGCAGAUUGUGCGGACCCUGAGGAAGGGGGGAUUAUCCUCGAAGCCGGCCUGAUGAUCCAGCUUCACUCGACUCAUCCUCACUUUGUGCGUUGUAUUCUACCAAAUCACAAGAAACGCCCUAAGAUGUUGCAUGCUCCCUUGGUGUUGGAUCAACUACGUUGCAACGGUGUUCUUGAGGGAAUCAGAAUUGCCCGAACCGGCUUCCCCAAUCGGCUUCCAUUCACAGAAUUCCGUCAGCGAUAUGAGGUGCUUUGUCAGAACAUGCCCAAGGGAUAUCUGGAAGGCCAGAGCGCCGCGCGAAUCAUGUUAGAGAAGCUUGGCAUGGACAGGGCCUGGUACCGCGUUGGUCGCACCAAGGUCUUCUUCCGGGCUGGUGUUCUUGCCGACCUAGAAGAAAAGCGAGACCAACUCAUCCGAACUAUCAUGACUCGCUUCCAGUCUAUCGCUCGUGGUUUUGUCCAGCGGCGCAUUUCCAACAAGCGUCUGUACCGUGCCGAAGCAACUCGCAUCAUUCAACAAAACCUCCAUGCCUAUCUCGAGCUUAAGAGUAGCCCGUGGUGGUGUCUCUUUUCCAGGAUGAAGCCUCUGCUUGGCGAUACGCGGACGGCUAAGGAAGUCAAGAAAAGAGAUGAUAAGAUCAAGGAGCUUGAGAUGAAGAUGAAGCAGGAGCUUUCCGACAGGCAGAAACUAGAUGAAGAAAGACGACGCACCGAGAUCGAGAUUCAGAAGAUUCAGCAGACCUUGGAAAGCGAACGUGCUCUCGCCCUCGAUAAAGAGGAGAUCUUCAGGCGCCUUCAAGACCGCGAAGGCGAACUAUCUGAAAAACUCGCUGAGGCUAUUGCUGACCAAGAGAAGCUGGAAGAGCAACUUGAUGACUUGGUUGAUGCAAAGAAGAAGACCGAUGAGGAAUUGCAACUACGAAUUACCCAGCUUGAACAAGCUGGUCUGAUCAUCCAGAAACUGGAGGCUGAGAAGAAUGGUCUGCAAGCUCGCUUGGAAGAACUCGAUGCUCAUCUCGCGGGAAUGGAGGGACAAUUCUCUGGGAAAGAUAGUCAGAUUCGGGAGCUCGGCCAAGAGAUCAAGAUGCUCCAGAGUCACCUCAGCCUCAAGGACCGCAAACUUCAUGAGUUAGAGGCCAAACUGUUGAAGACGGACCAAGAUCUUGAUGUCAAGCUGGCCAGCACUUCAAAAGAACUCGAUAAGACGAAGAAGCAGCUGCGCGAUACUCUGACCGAGAAUCAAUCGAUCCGACAGCAGAUCACCGAUCUUUCCUCCACGACGACUAGUUAUGAAGAUCUGCUCCGUCGCAAAGAGAGUGAAAUGGCUGUUCUUCGUAACGACUUGAAGAAGCACGACGAAGAUAGACGAAAUAUGGAGGCCGAGAAGAAGUCUCUCUCUACUCGACACGACAACAUGCAGGCACGUCUACGCGAGGUGCAGGCCGAGAGAGACGCUAUGCGAUCUGGGAAGACCCAGCUCGAGCGAGAAGCCGCAGAUGUCAAGCGGUUGCUUGAAGAGAAGAGAACCGAAGACGUCGAAGCGGGAGAGAGCAGGAAGUUGUUGGAACAGCAAGUCAACGACCUCAAGGCCCAGCUCUUCCAGGCCGAAGCGGACCUUAGUCGGGAGCGUCAAUCUAGAGAUGAUGUUCAGAUGCUUGCUGAGCACAACCUUACUAAGUUGACCGACAAGUACAACUCGCUGAACGAAUCUAAAAUCGAGAUUGAGAAGGAGAUGUACAUCCACCAGGACAGUCUCCGCCGUGCUACCGAGGCUCGUGUCGCGGCUGAGAAGUCGAGAAAAGAUCUGCAAUCUGAGUUGAUCAAGCUUCGUGAACGAUUCACAGCAGUCGAAAAUGCUCGCUUGAAUGCGGAGGCCGAGAUUGAACGCAAGUUCAAGAGCCAAUCUGACGAACGCAUCGUGAGCAUGCGUACAGAUCUUGACGAGAAGAUGCAACUCCUUGAAGACCUUGAGGCAGAGCGAUAUCAGCUUUCGAUCCGGGUUCAAGAAUUGGAGCAUGCAAUCUCCGAAUCCGACAAUUUCCGACUUCGUCAUGACCAACAUAAGGAACGCCUUGAAAGAGAACUCGUUACUUUGAAGGGACGACUCACAGCCUCCGAGAACGAUAACAGAUCCCUUCUCACCAAGAUUCAACAAAAGAAUCUCGACAUUGCCCGCUCAAACUCCAAGGCGAGCGACAGCAACCGACUCCGGCUUGCAAACCUCCAGAAGGAGAAGAGCAAGAUUGAGGAGGAGAAUAAGAAGCUCCAGAAGCAGCUUGGAGACUCACAGCUUGCAAUUACUUCUCUCGAGAAACAAAAAGAGAAACUGUCUUUGAGCCUGGAGGAUCUCAAUCAUGAAGUCAACCGGGAGCACAAGAACAGUCGGAAUGCCGAGAAAGCCGCGUCCACCGCGAACCUUCAACUCGCGGAGGCCAAUAGGAACCUUGAAAACGAACGGCAGCUGCGAGGCCAGGCCCAGGCAAACACUCGACAGAUGCAAGGAUCUCUCGACAGGGCAAACAAAGAGAUUGAGGACCUCCAUCGCCAAUUGAUCCUGUUGCAUCGUGUGUUUGAGCCCGAGGCUUCUGAGCCCACCAAGUCCUGGGAGGCUGUCCAGCCACAUUUGUCGAAGCAAGUUGAUCUGGCACAGGUGCUCAACAACGUACAACACAAGCUCCAAAUCACAGAGGAGAAGUACGCACGUGCUGAAAGCCAGCUCUCAGACAUGCGUCGUCGUCAUGCCGACGAGAUGAAGGAGCUAGAUUCGAGGUACUCAUCUUCGAGACGCGCUUUGCUCGAAGAGAUUGAUCAGAAUGAAGUUGCCAACAACCGCGCACCUGCACACUUCCGGAAAAAUUCUGAAAAUGCUCUCAAGAGGAUGUCCAAUCCCACUACACCAAACAAACGAUACAACAACAUGUACGAAGGCGCGAAUGACUCGGCCCGAUCUGACAGAACAGUGGAUACCGUGGGUUACCAGAGACGGAUGGACACCGCGGCGGAAAUUGAGGAGCUUCAGAACAAACUGCAGAUGACCGAGAUGCAGAACAAGCACCUUCAGAGCCAGCUUCAGCAGGUCACCCCGUCCCGGGAUAUCUGGCAGGACGACAGUCCAUCGAUCCGUCGCAUGCAGCUUUUGGAGCGUGAGAACGGCCGUCUUCAUGGCCAGCUUGACGAUUCCGCUAAGAAAGUAUCCGCCCUGGAACGCAGCAUUCGUUCUGGGGAACUGUCUCUACGUGACGUACAGGCCAAGUCUCAUGAGGAGUUGUUUGACCUGAUCAAUUCUCAGGAACAGUCUCGUCGUUCUCUGUUGAAGGUCCACAAUGACGCAUUGAGCGACUUCAGCGACGCGAAAGCACAGUACGAAAAGCUUAAGCACAGCAGGGCAGCCCUUGAAGUCGAGGUCCGAGACGCCCGAUCCGAGGCCCAGGAGCUCCAAGCAUCCAGAGAACAAGACCUUGCUAGUCGCAACCAGCUUCUUCAGGAAUUUUCUGAUCUGCACAUUCGCCUGGAUGCGGAGACAUCUCGCAGUGCCGAUCUUGAGUCAAGCCUGAGUCUGUUCAAGAGCCGUGCCGAUGAGUACUUCAGCAAGCUCGAGCAAGCGGAGAUCACUGUCUUGAAGGCCUCUCGCGCCGAGCAAUUCGCCAAGUCUCGAUGCCAGGAGGCUGAAGACACCUGUGCACAGAUCAUGUCUGAGCGGAAGGAGAUGGACGCCCUUGUGGAGGACUUGCAGCGUCAAACGCAGUCUUUGGAAGCCCGUAUGGAAGACCAGGCUGCAGAGCUACAGGGCGCCUUGCAAGCCAAGCAACGUCUUCAGAAUGAGCUCGAGGACUAUCGCAACCAGCGGGCUAUUGACAUUGAGGACAAGGAAACCUCGAUGGAACAGACCCGGCAGAAGUACCAGCGUGAGUUCUCGACCAUUAAUGGUGAGCUCGAGAUGGAGCGUGAGCGGUUACUUAAUGUCCGUGGAGAGAACUCGCGGCUGCGUGAAGAGCUCGAGGAUCUCCGAAGCAAAUGGGACAAUGAAGUCCUCAACAGCUCCACCUGGGCAAAGGAGAAAGCGCGCUUGGAGCUUGUCAUGCAGGACAUUACCAACUCUCGUGAUGAAGCUGCCAGUGCACACAGUGAGGCUCAGGCUAAGGUCGUGUCUCUCCUCUCUCAGGUGCGAACUCUUCGUACCUCCGUUGAUGAUGUCACGGCCGAGCGCGACUUGCUUCUGAAGGACAAGAAGAUGCUGGAAGGUCGCUUGGCCGAAGCUGGCGAACGUCUUGAGGACCUGGCAAAGGGUGAAAGCCCUUCUAUGCGGAAUGCCGCCAGCAUGGACCGCGAACUACUCGAGCUCAAAUCCAAACUUGCGCAACAGGAAGACGUCUCUUCCGCGGCUGUUGGUAAAAUGCGUCGCGCCGAUGCUCUCGCCACCGAAAUGCAGAAGGAGCUCACUGCUGAGCGUGAAACCAAUGCUCAGCUUUUCAAGGAGAAGGCUGGUCUUGAGAAGCAGCUGAAGGAGGUGCAGCUUCGCUGUGUGGACCUGGAGACUAAGGGCUAUUCUUCCGGUAGCCAAGACGUUCGGUUCUUGCACAAGCGUAUCAAGGAGCUGGAAACCCAUCUCGAAGAGCAAGAGAGCAAGCACACUGCUGAGCAGCGCUCCCUCCGCAAUGUGGAUCGUACCGUCAAGGACCUCCAGUCCCAGAUCGAUCGACGGGACAAGGUGAACACUCAGCUUAAUGACGAGGUCAACAAGGCUCGAGAUAGGAUCGAAAGGCUUCUAAAGAAUAUUGAGGAGCUCCAGCAAGGCGAUACCGAGACCCAACUGCAGGCUCGCCGCGCAGAGCGUGAGCUCCGAGAGGAGCGUGAGAAGGUACUGUACCUGGAGCGCGAGCUUGAGGGCUGGAAAGUGAGAAGUGCCACAAUUGGUCGUGCCCCCAUGGCGGCGCUCAGCGACGCAGGCAGUCGACGGGGCAGUGCUGUGUAUGGCUACGACACGACGCCCCAGCGGAAGCCCAGCAACACUAAGGGCUUUCUGUGA